CCCUCGAAAUAGAAAGGAGAAUUUCUUUUCCUAAGUGUGAAGCUUUGCAGGCUCUACAUACAGCCUGUAGUGCAGCCCUGCAUCAUUAACGGGGGUGGGCGGGGGUGGAGAGAAUGAAAGCAAAAGAGCAUGCUGGCUGCCCCCUGGAAAACGGAAAUGUUCAGUGUACACAGAGAGUGGCUUGCAUAUUUCACUCUGACAUCUUACUACUAUGCUUUUCAACAUGAUAGUGGUUAGAUAUUCCUGAUAAUUUUAAUUUUUUUUCCUUUUGCUUUCAUAAUUUUUCUUUUGGUUUUCUUUUAUUUUGUAUUAUUUUUACUUUUAUUUAUUUUCUUCCCUCCCUCCUUCUCUCCCGUAUUCAUUCAUUUUCCUUCCUUCCUUCCUUCCUCUCCUUUCCUUUUCUUUCUUUCUCUUUCUUUCUGUUUCUUUCUCUCUUUCUUUCCGUCUGUCCUUUCUUUCUUUCUUUCUUUCUUUCUUUCUUUCUUUCUUUCUUUCUUUCUUUCUGUCUCUUUCUUUCUUUCUUUUUUCUUUCUUUCUUCUUUCUUUCUUUCUGUCUCUUUCUCUCUCUCUCUCUCUCUGUCUUUCUUUCUUUCUUUUUCUCCUUUUGCUAGUGAAGGAGAAUUGGAUUGGUUAUUUUCAGAACAGGGAGCCUAAACUGAUGCACAGAUCAGUAGCAUCCUUGUUGGAGUGGCCAUCACAUGAAUUCUUUGGAGAUCUCUGAAGAAAACAGAAAGAAACUGAAAUGGUAGGUUCUAAUUAUUUAUGCAUAAUUAGCUCUCAUCUGUGCAUUUUCCCCUUAAUAUCUAGAACUGGACUCUUCACACAAGGAACUGUACAACUUGUCAAGUCUAAGCAUGGUUAUGGAUAUAAUGAACUUGGACCAUCCUUAAAUGUCAUUUCGUUGGUAUUUGAACAAACAAAAAUAAUUGUAUGAUGGGCUGCCAGAGGAGGGAGGCAACUUUAAACUUGGGGAAAUACAAGUUUGACAUGGAGAGAUUUUUAAUAAUGUGUUUAGCUCAGUUGAUAUUGAAUAAAAUAGUCCUGUGAACAUUUGCAAUUUAACCUAUUUUGUAUUAAGUAGAGUUGCUUACAUAAAGGUUCAGGACAAUUUUUAUCUACUCUUUGCUAAAACUCUUUGGGGGUGCUAUUUUUAUCUGCUGCAUAAUUAAACUGGUUAACUUUGUGUCCUUCUCAAAAUGAACAAUUAUUUGAAAAAUGAGAGAGUCAAUAUUUCAGGACCUUAGCUAAUAUAAAUGCAUGUUCCUAUCAGCUUGUGUAAGUUACUUAUUUUCACUGUAAAAGUUAAUUGUUGUAAUUAAUGAUAGAUAUAAAGAUUCUGUUUUCAAACACAUUUAAGAAAACUUGUUUAUAAUGAGAGAAAGAGGAAAUAAGACAACAGGCACAGUUGCUCUGUUUUUCAUAGAUAAGCUCUAUCUACGAUAGUAAGUAAUCAGCACAUUAAAAAAUCAACAAUGGUUAAAAUGAUUUUGAAUUUAAUUUACAUUUCUAGAUACUCAAAAUUGACUUAUUUUGACAAAAUGUAAGUGAAAUUAUUUCCUUGUUUGCAUGUUGUCUCUUUUUUGUGCUCCAAGAGAAAAUGUUUAGGACAGUGCCUUUUGACUUUAAACCGUAUGAUGAUACUAUAAAUUGUGUGUAACUGCUAGGAGCUGCAUUCAGAGACUAAAAGAAAAAAGUCACGAAUUCCUAUGUGAGAGAGAGAUAGAAAUGAGGAGGGAUGUGGUACAACAUGACCCAGGAUUAAAUCUCAAAUAACUUUCCUGCUCCUUCCUCUCCUGUCAACAGUAAUGUACAUGGACUUUAUUUUAUACUGCUCAAAAUUUUUCAUAAAAGAAAAAGUUAUAAUUUUACUCAAUAAGCAGAACUAUAUGCUUUAGAGACCUUUGGAUCAUUCAGCAAAGAGAAUUUUGUUUUUCCUUUAGCUUCUGUAAAUAUCAGAUAUAAACACAAAAACAUUAAACUUAUAGAGAGGAUUAAAGUUCUUCCACCCAGGGCAAGAUUAUACCAGUCACACUGGCAAACAUUUGGAUAUACCAAGAAGUUUGUGUCCGAGAAGGAUAUACUUUUAAUUGCAGAUAAUGUGCUUUGCGCUUGUGAACACAUGUACUGCUCUGCUUUGCUAUAUAUUUGUAAUAAUAUUUGUGUGAGACAGGAACCACCUAGUGUACCUAUUUUGUUGGGGCCAGAUUAAUAUGAUGCUGAAUAAUGUAAAGAUGAAUAAACACAAAGUGAGUCAUAGACUGCUCCCGAUAUCUCACUGAAUUUCAUGUGAAGACCCCUAGGAAUGAAUGCACUUCAUUAUGCCCCUUUGUACUAGGUAACUGAAAGGAAGAGGACAAAGAAACACACCUUCUGCAUUCCGCUCAUAGAUACUUUUGGCACCAAUCAGCUACCCAGAACCAAAAAGGGAAGUAAACUCCUUUUCCUGAUCUCCACCCAAUCCUGAUAAAAGCAGGGCACAGAAGGUGCCUCUUCCCUUGCCCAUUAAAGUGACUCCCCACCCAAAACCUUCUUUUUAUGCUAUAAGUCUCAAGAAUCAGUCUCUAGAUCCCUAGUCAGAGAAUAAGAAAUUGUCAGAAACAGAUUCAGCUCUUGUCACUUUCAGAGCAAUGGCAAACAUCUGAGACUUUUAUGCUUUGGGAAGCAAAGUAGGUUCAUGGUGUACAUUGUGCAGUUGGAAAAAAUGAGACUCAUAGAGGUGAAGUGACUGGGUCAAGUACCUCUGUCUGUCUGUGACAGAGACAAAGGUAGAAUCCAGGUCUCUUCAUACCUUGUCCAGUGCUCUGUUCAUUUCUCCUUGGUGACUAUCAAGGUUUGUGGAUUAAGAGACAUGCAUUAUUCAUUGGGAAACAUUGAAAGAUUUCAUUUUGAGAGCAUUCAAGAAUCUCUCAGUAACAGGCACACUUCAGGUUUCUCCCAAAGGCCUUAAUAUUGUAACAGACCUUGAGUUGUUGGGCUUUACCACUGUUUCCUUCCAAGAAUAAGAAAGAGUUUUUCCUACUGUGCUCAUAGAAAAAAAAAAAAAACAACCCAAAGUGCAAAUUGAUACUAGAUGCUGUAAUACAAGAUUAACAAAGACCUGGCCAUAUACUGGAAGUGUAUGUGCUGUAUUGAGUGUCAGAGCAACAAUACAGCCAAUUCAUUAGACAAGAGAGAGUAUGCAGGAGGUCCUGAGGUCUAGGAGAUUCCAGAUUUGAGAAAGGAGUGAAGAUUUUAGGGUAACUUGUCUGACAGAAACAGACAUAUGCGGUUGAUCAACUAAGGUGAGAGUGUGAGGAAGAUAAAUAUAUACAGUAAGUGAUAGUAUGUGAAUCCUGAAAAGGAAUACAGUAAUUAAUGGCUUGAAUAUUGCUAAUGUUUGUCGUAUAACUAAGUGCUAUCUGAGAUCUGAAAAUUAAAGUGGGUUCUUCUGCUAUAGCCUUUGAAAGAUAAAGAGUGUGCUCCAGAGGCAUCAUUUUCCUUUGCAGCAACAGCUGCAUUAGCAGCAACCAGAGAUCAAGAUGCAGACAGAGCUCCUGACAAAUAAUCAGAUAUGCAAGAUAUUAGCCAAAAUCAAGUCUGUAUAGACUCUGGAAACUUGGUUAUGGGUCAAGAAGUUCACUAAAUUUAGUUAUCUAGUGAGGAAACUAAAAUUUAACCAUUAUCAGGUUCAGUUAUGUGGGUCAUGCAGAAGCAUGACUUGUGCCCACCGUGGGAGCCAGGGUUGCCAAUUCAGACUCAGUUGUGUCUUGGAUAGCAUAAGUACUAUCUCACUGGAAACUAAAAUAUAUGCAAAUAUCUCACCAGGUCAAAAGUGCCCAUCAACUCCUUUCCUACUUCCUGACAUAAUAUUUGUUUCUUCAAAAAGCUUUUACAAAAUGUCACACUACUUAGGGCAGAAAAUAAAGUUUUCUCUACAUUCUCAGCAACGAUGAAAGGCUUUAAGAUUGUUAUUAUUAUUUAGCUAAUACUUUUUUCAGCUUUACUUGGCAGAUGAGAUUCAGUAUUUCUUAUAAGCUAAUCACAUGUUACCAGAUAUUUCUUAUAAAUCAAUGACUUUUUUUUUGAGACAGGGUCUCACCCUGUUACCUUGGCUGAAAUGCAGUGGCAUGAUCACAGCUCACUGCAGACUUGAUCCCCUAGGGCUCAAAUGACUCUCUUACCUCAGCCUCCCAAGGAGCUGGGACUAUAGCCAUGCACCACCACCAAAGGGUAAUUUUUGUACUUUUUUUGUGGAGACAGGGUUUUGACUCGUCUGGAACCCCUGGCCUUGAGGAAUCUCACAACCUUGGCCUCCCAAAGUGCUAGGAUUACAGGUGUGAGCCCCUGCACUAAGCCCCAGUGACAUAUUUCUGUAUGAUAAAAUAAUUCUUACAACUUAAGUGUAGGAUGACAGUGAUGAAAUCCUUUACUGUUCAAAGUAUUUAAUCUAUUUUAGGUAAUACUGAUGACCUAUAAGUUACUUCUUUAAAACUAAUGAUGUGCAAAAAAAUGAAUAACAUGUAGAAGAUGGACUGAUUUAUUAUUUCUCACAUAUGUUUUCACAAUUAAAUAUUAUGAGCAAAAUAUAUAUGAGAUGAAAGAGCCCACAGAGUCUAUUUUUUUAAAUUUACAUUUUAUUUUAAUCUAUAGUUUUAUGGCCCCUAUUAAUUUUCAUACUGAAGGACUUACUCAUUUAAUUUUCUAAAGACAUAUUUCUUUGACUUUUUUCCCCACAUCCUUAUGACAAUAGCAUUCUGCUUCUGUAUUCUUUGGUCCAGUUUUUAUUGGGAUCUGUUUUUAUUUUUACCUUUUUUUCCCCUUUAUUUUUAUACCUUAUAAUUAUAAAUGUAUCCAUUGACUUCUCCCUCUUCUAAGAAAGUUAGGGUUAAAACUAGGUAGUACUGAUUUUGUAAUACUUCAUAAAACUAACUCAAUUUAACAAAGGAAAGUUCAGUAACUUGACCUAGCAUUAGCCUCUCUGAGGAAGAACUACUGAUCCUAGAAAUAGUUUUGUAUCAAAAGUCACAGUGCAUAUCAAGACAUCUGGUACAGUAAUACCUUUCUCUCUGAAAUGCUAUGACUUCUAAAAGUUUAUUAGGGUUAAAAAGAGAAUUCUACCUAGCUGAAGCAGAGUAUGACUAUAACAGACUAGACUGUAAAGUGGCUGGUCUAGAUAAUCCAUCCAGAUUAUUUAGGGAAGGCAGAUUUGCAACCCAAGUUAUCCUGAGUGAGUGAUCAUAUAUUGGGUUUGGGGAUACCCAGUUUUGCUCUGACAUCUUGCUGAAAGGCUCUUUUGAUCAUGGAGAAUAGAUUAAACCUCCCUCAGUUUUUUUCUUUUUUGCCAUGAAAUUUGGUUAAGCAAACACUAUGAGGACAUUCUGUAACCUGCAGAGAGAAAAGGGCUGUUUUUCAGAAUACAGACUAUAACCUGGAUUAUAUUUGAUGUAUAAUUACUUGUUAAGAUGACUGAUUUAGUUCUAAGUUACAGUUUUAAGAAUUUUUCAUUAGGAAAUACUAUCUUUGUGUCUGUUUGGGUCUUUCCCGGGAAAGAUUUACUCAGAAAUUUUACAACUAACUGAUCUCUGGGAAUCAUUAAAUUUGAAAAUAUCUGUGACAUAGUCCCAUAGAGAAAAAUUGAUCGCCCCAGGUUAUAAGUUAUUCCUUGACUGGGACUUGGGCCAGACAUGAAUGGCCAGAGUAAAACUAUAGGCUAAAUCAAUAUCUGAAGAAUAUGGGCAUGGUGGUUAAUCAGGAUGGCCCCUCCUCAAAUGCUGUGAACCCUCUGUUGUGUGGGCUUCUUGAAUACAAUACAUAGAGAUGCAAUCUUCUCUUCAUAAUUUUCAUUUAGUGACACACCUGGACACUCAUUGGAAAAAUUUUGGACACACAAUAGAAAUGAAAAUCAAUAGUAAAUCACCCAAAUAUAGACCCUCUAAAGACUGUAUGAUGUUGCUUUGAAAAUUUUAAAUUUAAUCUGUUUAACAUUUGCAUGCAUUAACCCACUUUUCAUAUUGGGUCAAAUAAUAUGAAAUACUUCUAAGAAGUGGUGAUCAGUUCUUUAUAUUUUUCUGCAAAAUUUCAGUACAUUAAUUAAAAAGAUAGAAUUGAUUUGGUUUCAUAUGUAAACAUUUGUUUUCAAAAUAAAAAAUUUAAUUUCAUAUAACCCUUUCCUGAGUGAGUAAUUAUAUUUAGAUUGUAAUAAUUUAUUUUAGAAGGAAAAUUAGGUUUUAUUUGCUCAGUCUCACUCGUAAGCAUAAUGACUUUAUUUUCUUCAUGGGGAAUUCUGAGCCUUUGGCCUUUUUCUAUUCCCACAUCUCUGGGAGUUCAGUCUAGUUUCUUUAGCAAAGGGAAAAUAAUAGUUUUCUAAUAUGAUUUCGGAUUUUGGACGUACAUUUAGGAGUUCCCAGAGCCUUCUCACAGCUCCUUACAUGAGUUUCAAAGCAGGUCCAAAGUCUCACCAUGAACUAAGGGUCAGCAUCAGAUUCAGACUAUCCUUGCUAUGGAUUUUUUUUCCCUGUAGAGUUUAUACUGUAUUCUAAAUCAAGUAUAUUUUUAGUAAUAACUCUAGAAAAAGCAAUAAACUAUCUAAGCAGCUACUCAGAAUCUAAGAUUUAGCAGGUUUUUUGAGCUUAUCUACUACUGGCUCUUUUAUUUUUAGUGUUCUAUCAUCAAAAGUAAUAUAUACACUUAACGAUAUACUAAGCAUUAGGCAAGAUGCCUUACAUCAUUUUGACAACAACUACAUUUAUUUUCUCCAUUUUACAGAUUAAGAAACUAAUGUCCAAGAAAUUACUUAACUUGCCCAGUGAUAUACAACUGUUUUUUUCAACACCAAUUUAUUGAGGUAUGAUUAGCAUACAAAAAGAUGUGUAUAUUUAAUAUAUAUAACUUGGCGAGUUUGGAGAUAAAUAUAUACCUGGGAAACCACCACCAUAAUCUAUGCAAUAAACAUAUCUAUCUUGGUUGAGUUUCAAAUCCAGUUCUGUUGAUUGUCAAAGCUCUUUCUUUAUGUUAUGCUGUCUCCAUACGAUGAAGCUAUAACUCACUAUCUUGUCCCUUUCCACCUGAGAAUCAAGAGAGUUGGUAAUAGAAGAAAUCAAGAUGUACCCAUUUCAAAACAGGCUGUCCUUUGAUUGGAUUUAGGCUAGGUGAACAAGGAAAAGGAGGCAGGGAAUAGGGAAUAAAAUGAAUAAAAUUGAGAAUUGUAAAAAGCAAAAAUUAAAUGUUUUAUUUAUCUUCAACCAUUCUUUAUGAUGUGUUUACUGUUUCUACAAGAUAUAACCCCUGCCCUCUUAGAGCUUAUUUACUUGAGGAGGAUAAGCUAGCACAUAUUAAUUCUGAUUAUACAAAAGAGAUUUAGGAAGAAGGUGUCUGAAUUUAUGGAACUUUUUUCCUUAAACAGAAUCACCAUUCAUCUACACUUAAACUGACAUAAUGUAAAAAGAAAAUCAGAUUAGAAUUUUUGCUUUAUUCUACAUAAUCUAAUUUAUGGCAUGCUAAGGUUUAAGAGCAAAGGUUCUGAACUCCAGAUAUGAGCCUCUGUUAGAGAUUAGAGCACAAUGUGUGGUUUUAGAUGCAAGUUAAUAUCAGCAAAAGGAAAGGGCUCAAAAAAUUGUACACAGAGGCUCUCCCAAACAGGUCUGUAGCAAUAGAUUAAUUUCUGUGUUUACUUGUUUGCUGGCUUCCUAGCGCAUUCUAUAUUGGCUAUAAGGAAUUCGAAUUUGGGGGAAAACAUGAAAUCCUUCAUAUGCAAAUCAAGUUUACACAUCAACCAUCAGAAAAGAGGAUAGAGCCAUUUUUAUAUUUGUGAGUAAGCUUUUUCCUUAGGAUGAAGGACUUGGAGUUAUAGGAUGCCUGUUCUUGUUUCAGAGCAUACUCUGUGCCUACAUUACAGAGAGAAUUAACUGGAAUCUAAUCGCAUGCUUAAGUUUAGGAGCUCAGUGUGGUAACCAUCUCAUCCAGUGAGUUAUAGAAUCUUGAGUUAAAAGAACAAAAACACAGUAACAAAGUUUUAGGCUUGUCUGUCUCCUGAUAAUGCCAAUUAUUUCCCACCACAUUCUUUUGCUCUCUACACACUCGCCUCCUCUGUCUGUGCUCCCUAUCCAAGAGGAAAAAGAGGAAGAACCUUGCGACAUCAAUUUCUAAACUCUCUUCUAAAUUAUGCUUUCAGCAGGCACCAAUCACAAGUUUGAAGUCAUGCUCCUUUGGUACUGAGCUCCCUCAUUUUUCAGUUUCUCUCUCUGUGAAAAUGGUAUAAUUGAGGACACUUCUCUCUCAAGGGUAUGGAUCACAUGCAGAUACUGAACAGGCAUGAAUGAGUUAAUCGUGCCAGAUUCUCCAACGCUUCCUCAGGAGACCCUAUUGCUCUGAUUAAGAAGUUCCAUCAGCACCGAAGAAAACAGCAGCUCUGCCUUUGUUUCCUACUUUUUAGCUUUUGACAUAUAGCUGAAAAAGUACCAGAAAGCUGAUCUUUCCAAGUUAAUCAUCCCUGAAGAGUGGCGGACUCAUUGUGCACUAAAGCAAUCCUUUCUUCUAUGUGAGCCAAAAAAAGAAAAACGGCCUGCCAGACACCUGUAAAGAGAAGGCUAUCGUCAUAUAGGAAUUUGAGGAACUGCUAUAUGGUACAUUCCUUUUCCAAAUGGGAAAGAAUCACCUCUCAGGAUGUCCCAGAGAGCCUUAAAAUAAACAAGAGGGGGAAACUGUUCUUGUCAUCUGUGCUUGUACACUAGACUUCCAUGUAGUUACUCUAGACAAAUCUAAAUCAAAAAUGCAGAUAGUUCUUUGAAAAAUCCCCAAAUCAUAUGUAGAGACUCAGACAGAUGUGGUAAAAAGAGGAAGGUUAUUUUAUACUUCGUAUCUCCAACCCACUGGAAAUCAAUCUUUUGGAAGGAACAGCAGUUGAUUGUGAAUUUAGUUUUGAACCACCAUUAGGCAAAGAUAGUUUCUCUAGAGAGAAUCAUGCCUGCUAAUUACACGUGUACAGGGCCAGAUGGAGACAAUACAGAUUUUCGAUACUUUAUUUAUGCAGUGACAUACACUGUCAUUCUUGUGCCAGGUCUCAUAGGGAAUAUAUUAGCCCUGUGGGUAUUCUACGGUUAUAUGAAAGAAACAAAACGAGCUGUGAUAUUUAUGAUAAACUUAGCCAUUGCUGACUUACUACAAGUUCUUUCCUUGCCACUGAGGAUCUUCUACUACUUGAAUCAUGACUGGCCAUUUGGGCCUGGUCUCUGCAUGUUCUGUUUCUACCUGAAGUAUGUCAACAUGUAUGCAAGCAUCUACUUCUUGGUCUGCAUCAGUGUGCGACGAUUUUGUUUUCUCAUGUACCCCUUUCGCUUCCAUGACUGCAAACAGAAAUAUGACCUGUACAUCAGCAUUGCUGGCUGGCUGAUCAUCUGCCUUGCCUGUGUACUCUUUCCACUCCUCAGAACCAGUGAUGAUACCCCUGGCAAUAGGACCAAAUGCUUUGUGGAUCUUCCUACCAGGAAUGUCAACCUGGCCCAGUCCGUUGUUAUGAUGACCAUUGGAGAGUUGGUUGGGUUUGUAACUCCGCUUCUGAUUGUCCUGUAUUGUACCUGGAAGACGGUUUUAUCACUGCAAGAUAAAUAUCCCAUGGCCCAAGAUCUUGGAGAGAAACAGAAAGCCUUGAAGAUGAUUCUAACCUGUGCAGGGGUAUUCCUCAUUUGCUUUGCACCUUAUCAUUUCAGUUUUCCUUUAGAUUUCCUGGUGAAGUCCAAUGAAAUUAAAAGCUGCCUAGCCAGAAGGGUGAUUCUAAUAUUUCAUUCUGUGGCAUUGUGUCUUGCUAGCCUGAAUUCAUGUCUUGACCCAGUCAUAUACUACUUUUCCACUAAUGAGUUCCGAAGACGGCUUUCAAGACAAGAUUUGCAUGACAGCAUCCAACUCCAUGCAAAAUCCUUUGUGAGUAACCAUACAGCUUCCACCAUGACAACUGAAUUAUGCUAAAACAAAAAACCAAACUGAAUGUGACCUGAAAUGCAAGUACAUCAGAACAUAUCUGCAAUACCCAAGCCACAGGGAAGAACUUGCAAAACAACACAGCUUUUCAAUUCUGUUCUAUCUUACUGCUAUGGGGAAUUCACUUCUUCAAAGCAGGACCUAUUUGGAGCAUUAUGAUCCACCAUUAUUGAUGUUGACAUGUCCAUGUAGUAAUUUUUCAUCAAGUCUGUAAAUCUUAAAAUAUCAAAUUUCUGUGACAUCCUAUAAACAUAUGCUCUCAACUGUAGUCAGUACUUUUAGCUGUGAACCUCAGGCACAAAAAGAUUAUUAGCUUGGAGCCACCAUAAACAUUCAGUUUUGUUGCAACAGAUACUGAGUCUUUAUAUUCAGAGGAAAUGUAGGUGUCUUUUUAUAUUAGUAAUCACAGUUUACAUGCCAUUUUCAUAUGUUUGGUUAUAUUUUAGUGGGAUAGAUGGUAUAUUACCUUGUGUAAAGAAAAUGUAAACAUAAGAUCAUUUUUAUCUCUCAAGUGUGAUUACUCUUCAGAGUUUGAAGACUAAAAUAGCUAUUUUCUUCAUUUUUGUGUCAACAUGAAACAUCAUUUGUCACACCUGUUCACAGAAUGAAAAUCUGAACUCAGGCCUCUGGCAUACUUAAACUAAGAACAAUAUACAUAUUUACAUAUGAUAACCCUCUGUGACUGGAAAAGAUGCCGUGUUGCAUCUACCUAGGACAGGUAGUUUGUCAAAGUCCAUACAAGGUGACUCAAAUGGGCUCUAGGCCCAGGAGAAAGCAGAAAGGUGACAAUCACAGUUCUGCUCUCUUACACUUUUUCUAAAGAACACUUCUGGAGAUGUAUGGACCCGCCUAGUAGAGGAAGUUUUUAUCAUGCUUCUAGAGAUACACUGAGGUAAUAUUGACAGGUUCCUGCACUUUCUGAGCCUAUGGAAGAAGUAGUGCACUAAUGAAUCAUUAAACCUGGGCCACAGUGAAAAGAUGAAGCAAAGUUGGGUAAUCCUUUUAAAAUUCUCAUCACAUUGUAUUUCUUACUCUAAUACAAGGACACUUAGCUUAGACUGCCAAGUCACUUACACAAGCCAGAGUAAGUCUCUCUGCCCCAUCAUUGCAUACAUAUUACAGUCAGUCACAUGGACCCUAGAAUCCACAUUGAUUUUUUUUGGUCUAGCUUUGCCCCAGACGUACCAUCCUAAAGCCUCCAAAGCCUAGCUCUUAGCAGCUGGGGAAGGCAAUUAUUUCACCUCUUGAAAAAUGUAUAGAAGAUUAAUUUGGUCAGCCUUUGGCAACCAAUGGCCAAUGAUUUGCCUACUACCUGUUUGGUACUAUUGUGUGGGAAAUAGACCCAGGAUAUUAGUCUUAAUUAAAUCUUAGGUUGUAAGUAUUAGAAUAUUUUGAAACAUGUUUUAGCAAAAAGCUCUAACUUUAAGAAAGUUCUACUUAAAAUCUGUGUGCUAUAUAAUGAAGAUACCUUCUACAUCUCACAGAAGGAAUGUAGAACCCAAUCAAAGGCUUUAUCAUAUUUAGAGGAAAGGGGUUGUUUUAGGCAUACAGUUAUGAUACUAAUACAUUAGGGGAAAACUGGUGACAUCAAAAUGAAUUCUAAUAUCUAGACUGAUGGAAAGUUUUCUAAAGUUUUCUUUGGACGAGUGUUGAUUUUACACAUAUGUUGCUAUUAAGAUAAUACCCUAUUAAAAAACUGACUUUGUGCUGCUAGCAUCUAUGUGUCUCUUAACUAUUCAUUGUAAGGUAUAUGUUUUGAUGUGUUAAAUAAGUUUUCAAUAAGUGUUAGACUGUAUUUUAAAUAGGACAUCUAUAACUGUGUCUUGUCUCUUUGCUUUAAAGUGUCUUUUGUUUGACUAUAAUUUAGUGUUGAAAUAGGAUUGCAAGUAACAAUUUUGUGGAAGUGUGAAAUAACUGUGGGUAUUUUUAAUGUGAGAGUCUUAUCUAUACUAUUUGUGCUUACUAUUGUCUAGAUUAGCAUGAAUUACACUUCUUAAGGUCACUUUGGAAGAUGCUUGAUUUGAUUUAAUUAACAUAUUGAUUUCACUUUGACUAUUUUUUUAAAGAGGAAGGGAAAUAUUUUCAGGAGAUGUUUGACCUUCUUAGAUGAAUGGUUGAGGGUAGGGCCCAUUUGUUAGGCAGUCCAUUUACAUCAUUCCAAAAAAGGACCAGUAUUCAGUGUUAUGCUGCUUAGCUGAGGACACCCUUUUUCCCCAGGCCUGCCCAUCUACGUUUGUAUUCAGUGCUCUGAUUUACUUUAUUCACCCCUUAUCCCAUCAAUAUGUUUUGUCUUCUGCUUGAUUCCCUUGCUCUCCCAGGCAGCAACCUGAUCAAUUCAUUCACACCAUGGUGCUAAUAGCUAAUGUUAGGUUCAUAUUAAUUUACCCAGGAAUAUCUGAAUUCCAGGCUUUAGGACUAGGCAUUAAACCAAAGUGGUGACUUUCAAUGGAAGGCUAAUACAUACUGAAGCAGACAGACUGGAGGGAAAGAUAUUUUGAAUAAAGUGGGUCCUACAGCACUGCCUUUCAUAUUGCAUACAGUAAGCAAACACCUACUUUGGUUACCAUAAUGGGAAUGCUGACUUUUAAGAAAUUAAGAAAUGUAUCUAUGAACGUGGCUAUCAGUUUCUCAGAUGUCUGCUCAUCUUCUUUUCAUUUUGCCUCUCUCCUUUCCUACUUUGGGUCUGAUUUUCAGGGAAAAGUCUAAACUAGCAGCUUACUAAUUUAGGAGUACUGCUGCAGCUACGAUCCAGACAGCAGCCUCUUCUCUGAACUUCUCCAUUCCGUGGCUUAUCCAGACUUCUCAUUUAUCACUCUCUGGGUUCCAUGGAAUUGUGGUGCAAAGAGUGAACACCCUCAACCACAGUGAUGUAUACUUCAAGAUAAAUAAUUCCACAUUUCCUAUAUAAAGUUGUUGAAUUUUGAUUCAAAAAUGCAUAAGUAUUCCAAUAAGAAAAACUUUGAAUAUGUAGUGAUUUCUAUGUAAAAAUAUUGUUAUUAUUAUUAUAUUCAAAUGAUUUAUAUGUUUUCAUUGUCACUCAGUUAAGCAGCCAAUUCUAUUAACUGGUAAUUCCACAAAGAGAAGCCGUCUGCCCCAGGAGCAACACACCAAGCUGCCUUGGUCUGAGAGGGUGCAUCUGUGGAACUCUUGCGCAACUUACAUUUUAUGUCACCUUUUGAUUUUACUCCCAAGAUACUGUGAAAAUGUUGCACUUGGAAUUUAUUUAUGGCUAUAACUUAUAAUAUUCAUUUUAAUAAUAAAGAUUGUCUUUGUAAUUACAUAGAAA